AUGACUUCCAUUGCGAUGGAUUAUCUGCAAUCCCACUUUGAUCAAGCUGAUCACAACGUUGCUGUUGUGUACUUCAACUACAACAGGAAGAAUGAACAGAGUCAUAUCCAGCUCCUAUUCUCCAUUAUGUGGCAAUUUGUUCGCCAAAGGACAGAGAUCCCUCCCUCCCUCGAUGAAUUCCACAAGAAGCAUGAACGUAGCGGUCCGAACGUUAAAGACUUGAUCAACUUGCUGGCAACUCUCAUACAGGAGAGCACCGUUUCGUUUCUUCUAAUGGAUGCAUUGGAUGAAUUCUUGGACGAGGACAAUGGACGCUCCAAAUUUCUUCAUCACAUUUCAGAAUUGAGAAACACUGGUAAACUUCACAUCAUGAUGACGUUUCGACCCAACACCGAGAUCCCAUCUGUUCUCAAAGGAGAUUCCUCUCUCACCAUCCACGCCACCGAAGAAGAUCUCAAAUCUUAUAUCCACCAGAGAGUCUCGCAAAUGGACUCUUUGCCAGAUUGUAUCGACGAGGACGAGGAUUUUGAAGUUCUACAAAAGAAAGUUGUUGACAAGAUUACCCAAGCCUCCGAUGGAAUGUUUCUUCUAGCGAAACUUCACUCGGACUCACUCCAAGACGCUUUCACAAUCGAUGAAAUAGAGGAGACACUUGAAAGUUUGUCCUCUGGAGAAACCGCCAUCACAGAUGCCUACAAUUCUGCAAUUGAUAGAAUUGACAUGCAGCGUCCGAAACGCAAGCAGCUUGCCCACCAAGUCAUCGCUUGGAUUGUUUACAGCCACCGCCCGCUUUCGCCUAUCGAGCUACAGACUGCCCUCGCAAUCAAGCCAGGACACUUCAAGGAUCCGAAACGAAACUUACCAGGCAUUAAAAUCGUUCUCGCCGUCUGUGCUGGACUAGUCGUGAUUGACGAGGAGACUCGUGUUAUCCGCCUCGUUCACUACACAACCCAGGAAUACUUCAGCAAAGGCAAACUACGAAGCUGGCUACCAGGGACCGAGGUUGAAAUUGCGCGAUCUUGCAUUACCUAUCUUCUCAUUCCAGACUUGUAUGAGUCCGUCCUGCAGUAUCACGAACAGUGGAGCCGUUAG